AUGGGGCUUCCGCCGCGCCGAAACGUAGACAAGGGUCCCUUACAGGAUGGAAACCAACUAUCCCUACGGGAGCAGGAAAACGUCAUUGACAAAAUCGAGAAGGAGAACUUUGGCCUCAAACUGAAGAUCCAUUUCCUUGAAGAGGCCCUCAAGAAAGCAGGUCCCGGCUAUAGUGAGGCUGCCCUGAAAGAAAAUACAGAGCUGAAAGUGGACAAAGUCACCAUGCAGAGGGAGUUGCAACGAUACAAGAAACAAGUCAUCACAGCCGAGCGUGACCUCGAGAGCUUCCGCCAA